AUGCCGAAGCAGGUGGAGGAAGACGUCAGCCCUUGGAGUAACAAUGGAAAAGACGCAUGGAUGGGAGCUAAGACGGCUGAUUACGAGGACAUAUUUGAAGGGGAGUUGUUCCAACCCCAGCCGUCUACCACCCGGUUGGGACCGACCCCGGCUUGGCUGAGGGAAGCAAACGAGAUUCUGGGCAUCGAGGAGGACGAUCCCUUUUCGACUUUGUACGACGAACACCUGGGCAUCCAAUUUUGA